UUCCUCAGAUGCAUGUUUUCUGAGUCAGCACUCAUUGUAUUUUCCAGACUGCCCAUGACAGUUUGGGGGGGGGAGGUGUCACAUGUUUCCGGAUAGUGACUUUGGUCAGUGAAUGGCUUUUGAACUGAGCAACAAGUUCAGCCCUGCUUGUAAAAUAGUCAGUGGCUGUUUAGCAACUCAUGAGGAAAGGACACAUUGGAACUGUUCAAGGAGCGAUUUAGCAUCACACUCUAUUCUCAACGUUGCAGGAAGAGCAGCAAUCUGGCCUGGAUCUCUCUCUCUCCUUUGGUGUUACCAACAAUGGCAUUCCAUUGUGGAAUUGUCUCCCUUCUCUUCUCAAUCUGGGUGGCAAACUUCAUGAUACAAGGCACAAUUCUUCUGAAAGAUAUUUACACGUCCAACUGCAGAAUUGCUGGUGUAACUCUUGCUGCAGAUAAGAAUAAAAUUAAUUUUAAUUUUGUUGAAGCACAAUCAGUUUGCAGGCAGCUGGGAUUAACGCUAGCACAAAAAUCCAAGAUUGAAACUGCUUGGAAGCAUGGCUUUGAAACUUGCAGUUUUGGCUGGGUAGCAGAAGGCUAUGCUGUUAUUUCUCGGAUAAUUCCAAAUGAAAAAUGUGGUCAGAAUAAAACUGGGAUUGCCAUCUGGAGAAUAUCCCAAAACAGGAAAGCUCGUGCUUAUUGUCAUAAUUCUUCAGAUACGUGGAUUAAUUCAUGCAUCCCGGAAGUAAGCACAAUUGCAUUACCAGACAGUUCCACUGAGCUGAACUCUACUUCAACAGACUCAUUUCAGAACAUCUCAGCAUGGGCUGAAACAACUCAAUUACUACAAACACCAAAGCCCCCAAAGUAUCGUGUCAUAUGUGUAACAGAAACUUUAACACCCGAACCUACUCCCAAGAAGGAAAAUAUGCUUUUUACUGACAAACAACAUGCCUUUAAAAAUGAUGGUUUCCUAUUUGGAGCUGUUCCUACUGUGCUUCUGGUGCUUGCCCUCUUCUUCUUUGCAGCUGCAGUGGUCUUAGCUGUCUGCUACAUCAAGAAAUACAAGAAAACAUCUCUAUUUUCAAACAAGGAGAAGAAAGAUGAAAUUGAAACCAAGAACUUAAAAGAAUUAAAUGCAAAAAGCCAACCUGCAGAGCAGGGCCCAAAGAAUGGAAAAAAGGAAGAACCGGAAACCAAGCCCGAAGCAUCAGUAAAAUGUUUGGAAGCAGAAGUUUAAGACAGAGCAUCUAAAUGAACAGACACUGCGUGAACAAAUGGCAGAAACUAACAGUUUAUACAUUGAUAAUUGUAAAUACUGCCAAAGUCAGUAUUAGGUGUGUCAUACAAACACUUCAUACCUCAUAUAUAUUAGCUUACACAUUGUUAAUAGACGAAUGAUCUUCCCACAGUAACACCUAUACAGCACACAUUUUCAGUUUUCUGUAACUCUUUUGGGGGCGGGAGGGCGGAUGUGUUUUCCAAAACAUGAAUUCAGACAUGCAAUUCAAACAAACAAAAAAAUUUGUUGUUGUUGUUAUACAGUACAAAGGAUUUCAUGGAGAAACUUGAAUAUGCGAACUAGAUUUAACAGAGAAACAGCUCCUAUAUUUUUCAAAUGAUGGAAGCUUUAAGAUAUGUCUUUACUGUGGGGUCAUCACAGAAUUUCAGAAAUGGAAAGAGUGAUGGAAACGAGCACAGGGAAAUGUCUGUUUCACAUACAGUAAAAGAUUCCGGCACAAAUUGUUACAUAGCCACAAAAGUUUUAUGAUUCUUGUGAUUCCAGUUUCUGUGUCUCUUCCUGCCUUCUUUUCCAGAAAUCUAACAAAUCACAAUCUAUCAAUUUUAAAUAUGGAAAAAAGUUCAAAAAUAAUGACAAAAAAAUCUGUUAAUUCUAUUUCUUUUUUUCCAUGCAUGUCAUAUUCCUAUUUAUUUCAAAAAUAUUUAACAGCACAAUCAUAUGCAUGUUUACUCAGAAAUAUGUUCCAUUCUAUUUCAUGAACUUACUAUCCAGUAAGUUCAAAAUUGCUAUAUAAGAGAUCUUUGUAAAUUGAGAGUUGUGGCUGUUACCAUAAUCUAAAUACAAAUAUAUUUAUCAGGAUUCCACUGAAAUUAAAAAAAGUUCACGCAACUAUUUAUUUAAUACAUAGUUACAGAAAUUCACAUAUAGAUACAUCUUUUUAAUCAACUGAUUUAGUUCACAAUUAUUUUCCAAGGAUGGACAAAUUCAUCUGAAAAACUACAGAAAUGUAUUUGAAAUCAUAUGGAGAGCGUCUAGAAAUACACAAAACAGCACUUUCAUGCUUUUAGCUAUGUGCCUUGACAAAAUGAAUUGUUCCAUUGUCCACUUACAGUACAGUGCAAAAGUUUUAGGCAGGUGUGAAAAAAUGC